AACUGGACUCUCUACUCGGUUUACUGGGGACAUAGCAGUUGAGAAUGCUUUGUUUCUCAAAUAGUCUUGACUGUUACAUUGCUGUGUUAUGACAAUGGUGUAUUAUAUGAGUGUAACCAUGAUGAGGGUAUUGCUGUCCUGUUGCUUGGUUGCCAUGGUGAUGUCAGACAUUGACUUUGGUUACCAUGACUACGAUGCAUUGACAGCAGCAAUGAGAGCUAUUGAACAAAACAACUCUGGGAUUGCCUACAUGUACUCAGCAGGGAAAUCUGUGCAAGGGCGUGACCUCUGGGUGAUGACCUUGGGAGAGAAACCACUUCAGCACCUCCCCCUCAGGCCAGAAGUGAAAUAUGUUGGCAAUAUGCAUGGGAAUGAGGUUGUAGGCAGAGAAAUGUUGCUCCAUCU